AUGGAAGAACAGAGUUCUAUUCUGGCCUCAUAUGUUAUGGACGACCUUUUAGAUACAGUCAUACCUGUUCUUCCAUUCAGAAAAACCUUCCUAAAGAAAUAUGUCGACGAUAUAAUCUUAGCCCUACCAAAAGCUAUGAUAAAUGAACUUUUAUACAUCUUUAACGAUUUCGACCCACAUAUCCAAUUUACAGUGGAAACAGAAGACAAACACCAAUCAGUCCCAUUCCUCGACACCAAACUAAUACGCAGCAAUAACAACGUAAUAAUAACAGAUUGGUACAGAAAACCCAUUAGCUCAGGAAGAUAUAUUAACUACUGGUCAUAUCAUAAGUACAAUACAAAAAUUAAUCUUAUAAAACAAAUGAAAAAUAGAAUCUUACAAAUUUCAGAUCAGUCGUUCCAUAAUAAAAACUUAAAACUCAUUCGUCAGCUCUUCCUAGACAACUCAUACCCAAACACACUACUUACUAAACUACUAUUUAACACAACUAAUGAUACAUUACCCGGGACACAAACCAACCCUGUUCACAUACCACAAAAGAUUAAUCCCACAAUAGACACAACCAACGCUAUAUUAACCCCACGUAAAUACUUUAAAUUACCGUUCAUACAAGACCUAACACCGAAACUUACACGAAUUUUUAAAUCAGUCGACGAGAAUAUAAAAAUAGCCAAUUACACAGUUCUAACAGUCGGUUCCAUUUUCACUAAGAUCAAAGACAAAACACCUACAGACCAGUUAUCGAAUAUCGUCUAUUGUAUUCCUUGUGCAAGUUGCAACAAACAAUACAUUGGACAGACAAAUAGACAUCUUAAAGGCCGUAUUGCAUCACAUAAAAGUGACAGUAGACUAUACCCUGAUAGAUGCUCCCUUGCAAAACACGUACAUGACGAACAACAUAUAAUCAACUAUAAUGAAACAAAGAUCCUUGCAAUGGAAAAUAACCUCAACAAAAGACUCUACCUUGAGAUGGCAUUUAUCACCCAAACUGAUUACUUGAUAAAUAAGAAAUCAGAUGUCGAGCAUCUGAGUGAGAUUUACGCUUAUUUACUAAAUCUGGAAAAACAGCAUAAAUCAACACACAUCCUAAAUAAAUAA